AUGGCCACCCCCAUCGACAAACUCACCCCAACCGACCCCCGCGUCCAGCACCACACCUACACCAUCCCGUCCUCCCCACACAACACCACCUACCACUACCUCGUCGCCGACCCGCCCCCCGGCACCCCCGCGACGGGCACCGCCCUCCUGAUCCACGGCUUCCCCGACCUCUCCUUCGGCUGGCGCUACCAAGUGCCCCAGCUCACCGCCCAGGGCCUACGCGUCGUCGUGCCCGACCUGCCCGGGUUCGGGCGCACCGACGCCCCCGCCGACCUGGCCGCCUACUCGUACAAGCGGGUCGUGGAGGACCUGCUGGCCAUCGUGCGCCAUGUGCAGGGAAGGGGGGAGGGGGAGGAGGUGGAGAAGUUUGUCUUGGGCGGGCAUGACUGGGGCGGAGCGGUCGCGUGGCGGUUCGCGUUGUGGUACCCCGGGGUGCUGAGGUGUGUUUUCAGUCUGCAGUUUGAGGGGACCGAGGUGGAGGAGGCGAUUGUGGGGCGGGAGAAGAUCAGGGCGGUCUUGUGCGCCAUGUUUGGCGGGCGGAGGGAGGACCGGCAGGAGGUGUUUGGGGUGGCUCAGGGGCUGCGGACGGAUUUGGUUGAGCCGGAGAAGAUUGGCGAGAGCCCGCUGCUGAGCCGCGAGGAGAUGGACUUCUACGCCGACGAGUACGUCAAGAACGGCAUGCGCGGCCCGCUGUGCUGGUACAAGACCCAGAAGAUCAACUUUGACGAGGAGCGGCCGCUGCUGGCGGAGGGCAGGACCACCGUCACCGUGCCGUCGCUGAUGGUGAUGGCGACGAGGGAUGCCGCCCUGCCGCCGGCCAUGUCGGCCAAGAUGGACGAGCUCUGCACCGAUCUUGUCAAGAGGGAGGUGAAUGCGUCGCAUUGGGCGCUGUGGGAGACGGCAGCGGACACGAACAAGCACAUUAGCGAAUUCUUGGAGGGCAUCUUGAAGGGCCAGCCCCUGAAGGCCUCGAUUUAG